GGCGGAGAUUCAGAGGAGCGUAGAGAAGAGGGGGAUGCGAUUUACAGCACGCAAAGAGUGAACUGUGCUGUCCGACAAUCAAUGCAAAAAGAUGGGAUGUUAUUUACCCAAACCACGAUGCCUGUCAUGUAAGGACUUCACGCGCAUCAUCCGUGGGAUGCAUUUUUCUGCACAGUGACACGGACACGAGAGCUUGACAAGGGAUGAAUUCUCUUCCUCCCCGUGGAUGCGCCCUAACCGUGUCCAAUGGAUCUCCCCGGCAUCAGCAAUACGACCAUGGACAACAUGUCGGGUUCGGGCUUCAUUUUAGAGAUAGCCACCAUCAAACCGGUUUUAAACAGCCUGACCACCCAGGCCAGCAACCACACAGCCGGGCUCGAGGUGCAACGCAACACCCCGGUGAGGAGUUCGUCGGGCAACUCGGUCCUGCAGGGCAUCGCAGUGGCUGCGCAGGCGUUGCUUCUCCUGGCUAUAUUCUUAUUGUCCAGUCUGGGUAACUCAGCCGUCGUGGUGGUCAUCAUCAAACACAGACAGUUGAGAACAGUAACCAAUGCGUUCAUAAUGUCCCUCUCUCUUUCCGAUUUCCUGACAGCCGUUCUUUGUCUGCCCUUCGCCUUCAUGAUGCUCUUCAGCAAAGAUGGCAAGUGGAUGUUUGGAGACCGCUUCUGCGUCGCCAACGGCUUUUUCAACACAAGUUUUGGCAUCAUCUCCACCCUGACUAUGACUCUCAUCUCAUUUGACCGAUAUUACGCCAUCGUCAGGCAACCGCAGGCCAAAAUCGGUAAGAGGAGAGCGAUACAGCUGCUAGCGGCCGUUUGGUUAUCGGCCGUGAUCUUCUCGUUCCCCUGGUACCUGCUGCGCACCUCUGAAGACCUGGUGGUGCACAAGCAAGGAUUUUACCAUUGCAUGUACGUGUUCCAUUCGGGCACCUCCAGGAUGGGUACCACCUACAGCUUAGCUUUAAUAGUGACGUGUUAUCUGCUUCCAUUCGCCCUCAUGUGCUUCUGCCACUAUAACAUCUGCAAAACCGUCCGGCUGUCGGAGAUCAGGGUGCGGCCGGUGACCACUUACGCGCACCUGUUGCGCUUCUACAGCGAGAUGCGCACGGCCACCACGGUGCUGAUCAUGAUAGUGUUCAGCAUCUUCUGCUGGGGACCGUACUGUCUGAUGGGCAUCGUCACCGCAUUGGGGAACUACACUUUCAAUCCUGCCAUGGACACCGUGGCCGUCUGGAUGGCGUGGGCCAACGGUGCCAUCAACCCUUUGAUUUACGCCAUAAGGAACCCGAAUAUAUCCAUGCUGCUGGGCCGGAGCAGGGAGGAAGGAUACAGGACUAGAAACAUCGCUGCGUACCUGUCCACGCAGACGCAGCGCAGGGAGGCGGUACGGACACGGUCGGACCGGAUCAGGGACCGGUACGUGAGCCGGCACGGGGCGAACAGCCGCAUGUCUUCCUCCAGCCCGGCCAACGGGGGAGAGGUGGCGAUGUGGGCCUGUAAGAACCCGGCAGUGUUGUUCUGUAGAGAUACCCACCCAGAUACCAUCACCGAACCCGCGGUGCCCAAAGUUGAAACGGCUGACACCAGCUUGUAAUCGUAUUGACACUUUAUAAUGACUUUCGUUAAUGACAUUUACAGUUAUGCAUUGGGCAGACGCUUUAAUUCACAGCGUCUUACAGUGCAUUCAACGUAUACGUUUGUGUGUUACCUGGGACACAACCUUUGAACUGCUAACACAAUGCCCAACUGUGCUACAUUAUUCAUAAGGAAUUCAUCGAUUCGAAGGGCAGUACGAGAGGCUUACAGUGAAUCCAAAAUAUUUAUUUAUCAAGAAGUCUGAAUGUACGCUAACCAAUGUCACAUAAUGCAUCCAUGAAUGUGUAUGAUCUAUAUUGCACUAUUUAGUGUAUUUAUGCUUUAUUUUUAUGAGUUAUUAUAAAGUGUUACCGUGAUGUUAUUUACAAUUUAGCGGAUUCUAAUAGCAUCAAAUUUUGUUUAAAACCAAACUCUACAACAUACAUGAAAUGUAUAGUCUGAAGCAGAAAAUGUGUGUAGAUUAGAUGUUAGAUGUGAAUGUGUAGAAAGUGCCAACAUGAAAGUCACUCAGAUGAGCCUAAUGUAAAUAUUACAACACUGUGAAAACACUAAAAGGAGUUUACAGGCAUCUGGCCCAUAACCCGACCCUAAUUCGUGUUCUUCUUUAUACCCCUGGCCUGGGGUAUAAAUACUCACUCACAGAAUAAUAAGUGAUACAAAAUUAUAAAAAGUUGAGGUUUCACAAUGAAAACAGGGUUGUAGCUUUAUAAUUAAGUAAUGCUUUGGGAAAAUGCAACAUUCAGAACCAAACGCUUUACAAACCCCAUAUUCACUCCUUCCGUUUGACAAACACUUAAUGUGACAGAAAAGCAAACAGCCGUUCCCUCUUGAUCUAUAUGAGAGAUCAUAGUUACAGUAUAAUGAACAUGUGCCAGACGGGUCAUGCUUAUAUUUGUAAUAAAUAACAAUAUUUUUGAAAGAAGAUUAGCCUAAAUCUUUUCAAAGAUGACGCCUGUAAAUAACAGAUAAACCUAACAAAACUGCCUUAAUUGUUGGAUUGUAGCACAGUUUACAGAAUGCAGGACUAAUAUCAGAUUUUUAAUAUUCGGGACGAUUUCUAUAUAUCAAUUUCUUACAGGAUCUCACUUUGGGACGUGUAUUUAUAAAGUGACUGUAGCAUCAGACUAUGCCACUUGUUAGUUUGAAGUUAGAAUUGUAGGGUUGUUUUUUGUUUGAAUGUCGAUGCAAAGACCAACAUUAGCCAUAUAGAGGGGUGUGUUGUGUUGAUAAUCUAGCUGGACUUGAAACUAAAGCACAAGGUCUGUCAAACACGAUGCUCUCGUGAAACAGUUGGAUUUUAGAGAGUUUGAUUAUAUUAAGUGUUCAUUUUUAGUCCUGUUUAAACAAGCUUAUCUGUCUGCUGUCAUAAGAGACGCAAACAUUAUAAUUUUCUGAUUUAUUUUUGGUAUAUCAAUGACAUUUCGAAAGAAACAUCAACAACAUGUAAUGUCUUCAAAGAGGUUUGCAAAAAUAAAGUUUGAAACGCUUGAUCAAUUUUUGCUUUUCUGUUAU